CUGGCUGCUCAUGCCACAGACAGUGAGGGAGAACACGGUCGGUCGCUCCAGCAGAGAGCCUCGCUUUGUGCAUGCCCCUAGGAUCAGCAGUUCAGAAGGCUGUCGUCCCAGGUAUGGCCUCACAGCUGCAGGUGUUCUCCCCUCCGUCAGUAUCCUCGAGUGCCUUCUGCAGUGCCAAGAAACUGAAAGUGGAGCCCUCUGUCUGGGAUGUUUCAGGACAGAGCAGCAGUGACAAGUAUUACACCCACAGCAAAAACCUUCCAGCAGCUCAAGGGCAAGCAAGCUCCUCUCAUCAGGUAGCCAAUUUCAGCAUCCCUGCUUACGACCAGAACCUCCUUCUCCCUGCUCCUUCAGUUGAGCACAUCGUGGUUACAGCAGCUGACAGCACAGGCAGCAGUGCGACAGCGUCCUUCCAGAACAGCCAAACCCUGACACACAGGAGCAACGUUUCUUUACUGGAACCAUACCAAAAAUGUGGAUUAAAAAGGAAAAGUGAAGAGGUCGACAGCAACGGUAGUGUGCAGAUAAUUGAGGAACAUCCACCUCUCAUGCUGCAAAACAGACCUGCGGUGGGUGCUGCGGCCACGACCACCACGGUAACCACGAAGAGCAGCAGUUCCAGUGGUGAAGGCGAUUAUCAGCUGGUCCAGCAUGAGAUCCUGUGCUCCAUGACAAACAGCUACGAGGUCUUGGAAUUCCUGGGCCGGGGGACGUUUGGGCAGGUGGCGAAAUGCUGGAAACGUAGCACGAAGGAGAUUGUAGCCAUCAAAAUCCUGAAGAACCAUCCUUCCUAUGCCAGGCAGGGCCAGAUCGAGGUGAGCAUCCUCUCUCGCUUGAGCAGCGAGAAUGCUGACGAGUACAACUUUGUUCGCUCCUAUGAGUGCUUUCAACACAAGAAUCAUACAUGCCUUGUAUUUGAGAUGCUGGAACAGAACCUCUAUGAUUUCUUAAAGCAAAAUAAGUUCAGUCCAUUGCCCCUGAAGUAUAUCCGGCCAAUUCUGCAGCAAGUGGCUACUGCCCUGAUGAAGUUAAAGAGCUUGGGUCUGAUACACGCUGACUUGAAACCGGAGAACAUCAUGUUGGUGGAUCCUGCACGGCAGCCCUACCGAGUGAAGGUGAUCGACUUCGGCUCGGCCAGCCAUGUAUCCAAGGCAGUCUGCUCCACGUACCUGCAGUCACGCUACUACCGAGCUCCUGAAAUCAUCCUGGGUUUGCCAUUCUGUGAAGCUAUUGACAUGUGGUCCCUGGGCUGUGUGAUAGCUGAGCUGUUUCUAGGCUGGCCUCUGUAUCCAGGAGCAUCUGAGUAUGAUCAGAUUCGUUAUAUUUCACAAACCCAAGGCCUUCCAGCGGAGUAUCUUCUCAGUGCCGGAACGAAAACAAGCAGGUUUUUUAACAGAGAUCCAAACUUGGGCUACCCACUGUGGAGGCUAAAGACACCAGAAGAGCAUGAGUUGGAAACAGGAAUCAAAUCCAAAGAAGCUCGGAAGUACAUCUUCAACUGUUUGGAUGACAUGGCGCAGGUGAAUAUGUCUACUGAUUUAGAAGGGACUGACAUGUUGGCAGAGAAGGCUGACCGAAGGGAAUACAUUGAUUUGUUGAAGAAAAUGUUGACAAUUGAUGCAGAUAAGAGAAUUACUCCACUGAAGACUUUGAACCAUCCGUUUGUUACAAUGACACAUCUGCUGGAUUUCCCACACAGUAAUCAUGUGAAGUCUUGCUUUCAGAAUAUGGAGAUCUGCAAGCGAAGAGUUAACAUGUAUGAUACAGUGAACCAGAUCAAGAGCCCAUUCACCACUCAUGUUGCUCCUAACACAAGCACAAACCUGACCAUGAGCUUUAACAACCAGCUCAACACAGUACACAAUCAGGCCAGCGUCUUGGCUUCCAAUUCGACUGCUGCUGCUACUCUCUCCCUGGCAAACUCGGAUGUCUCCCUGCUAAACUAUCAGUCUGCCCUGUAUCCCUCAUCUGCAGCACCGGUUGCAGGAGUGGCACAACAGAGUGUUUCCUUGCAACCUGGAACUACCCAGAUCUGCACCCAGACUGACCCAUUCCAGCAAACAUUCAUUGUUUGUCCCCCAGCCUUUCAAACUGGACUUCAGGCAACUACAAAGCAUUCUGGGUUCCCUGUAAGGAUGGAGAAUGCUGUCCCAAUUGUACCACAAGCACCUGCAGCCCAGCCACUGCAGAUCCAGUCUGGAGUUCUCACGCAGGGAAGCUGUACACCACUAAUGGUAGCAACUCUUCAUCCUCAAGUAGCCACCAUCACGCCGCAGUAUGCGGUCCCCUUUACCCUGAACUGCGCAGCCGGCCGGCCAGCGCUAGUAGAACAGACGGCUGCAGUACUGCAGGCCUGGCCGGGGGGAACCCAGCAGAUCCUGCUACCUUCCACCUGGCAGCAGCUCCCGGGGGUUGCUCUGCACAACUCUGUUCAGCCAGCAGCUGUGAUCCCAGAGACGAUCAGCGGCAGCCAGCAAUUGGCUGACUGGAGGAAUGCCCAUUCCCAUGGCAAUCAGUACAGCACCCUGAUGCAGCAGCCAUCGCUGCUGACCAACCACGUGACGCUGGCAGCAGCGCAGCCCCUGAACGUCGGCGUCGCCCACGUGGUGAGACAGCAGCCUGGCAGCAGCGUCCCGGCCAAGAAGAACAAGCAGCCAGCACCAAGUGCACCCAAGCUCAGUUCAACUCUAGAGACUGUGCCCUCCCAAGUUUACUCACUCAUUGGGAGCAGUCCUCUGCGGUCCACCUCCUCCUCUUCCAACAUGCUCGUCCCAGCACAGGAGCAGCACCAGCCCAUUGUGAUCCCAGACACUCCAAGCCCACCUGUCAGUGUCAUCACCAUCCGCAGCGACACUGAUGAGGAAGAGGACAGCAAAUACAAACCUGCCAGUUUGGGUAUGAAGCAGAGAUCCAACGUCAUCAGCUACGUCACUGUUAAUGACUCCCCUGACUCCGACUCCUCCCUGAACAGCCCCUAUGCCACAGACCCCCUUUCCUCUCUCAGGAGUGCUGGCAGUGCUCUGGAGCUGCCGAGCAGAGCAGCAGCAGCAGACAGCUCCAGCUCUCGGACCAUCAUUGUGCCGCCGCUCAAAACACAGCUCAGCGACUGCAUCGUCGCUACCCAGGCAUCAGGCAUCCUGAGCAGCACCAGUAAGACCAAGCCAGUGGCCUCUGUGAGCGGGCAGUCGUCAGGAUGCUGUAUCACACCCAGUGGGUAUCGCUCGCACCGUGUGGUAGCAAAUGGAGUGCAGCCUCUCAACCUCAGCCAGAACCAGCAAACAACAGUGCUGGCCUCACAGGAGAGAAGUGGAAAUGCUGUCCCCCGUAGGCAGCAGGCUUAUGUGGCACCCCUCACGUCAACUAUUUCUCAGGCUCCCUACACGUUCCAGCACAGCAGCCCCGUGCAUCCCCACCUGGCUGCGGCCACGGCGAGCGCGCACCUCUCCAGCCAACCCCACAUGUACACUUACGCUCCCACCACGGCGGCCACGCUGGGCUCCACCACCUCCAUCGCCCACCUCUUCUCCCCUCAGGGUUCCUCGCGGCACACCACCUACGCUGCCCACCCCAGCACGCUUGUCCACCAGGUCCCUGUGAGCGUUGGGCCAAGUCUGCUGACUUCCGCAAACGUUCCACCUGCCCAGUACCAACACCAGUUUGCUCCCCAAUCCUAUAUUGGUGCUUCCAGAGGGUCUGCUAUUUACACUGGAUAUCCGCUGAGCCCUACAAAGAUCAACCAGUACUCAUACUUGUAGUUGUAGUAAAGCACUGUCCUGCGAUAGGCCUGAGAGAUUGGAGGAGGAUUUCAGGUGAACCUGUACCUGGUGAUGACUGCCUGGGUUUUGCUUCUCCCUGAUCUGGUUGUGUGUUGUUCAAAAAUGUCUUUGGUGAGUCUGGUCACUAACUGAGCAGCAUGCUUUGUUACCAGUAUGAGGGUCACUAAUUAAGUUGUUUGUUUGUUUGUUUGUUUUUAAUUUUACUUACUUUUUAUAGAUGCUUUUAAAAAGUUCAUGGUCACAUUUAUUUAAAAUCGUUCUGUUGUGCUAAUCAAAACAGGAAAGGAAAAUCAAUGUCUUGGGAGACAGAUCCUGAUGACUUUUAAAACUUGUAUAACUGAAACAAGAUGAAAAAAUGCAGAUGAUAUUUUAGCAGCUUGCACAAAUCUGUGUUGCCACUAAAAAUGGAAUGCACAUUUUUAUCUCUUUGUGUUGCUGGGGCAGUUCUAAAUUCAAGUUUAAUAUUUUAACAUUUGUUCUCUAACUCACUUUGUCUAACCAAUUGCUGGUUCUGCAGAAGCCAUCCCAUCUCCCUGUGUGUUACUGUCAGAGUUUUCUGUUCACUUCUCCACUCUGUUCAAGGACUGGCAGCAGUAGCUGCCUCCUACAGUGUUGUGUAUUUAGGAGCCUGUGUAAACCCCGAAACCUGUUCGUGUCUCCAUGACGCAGGUGAAUUUUUAUUGCAUUCAUUGCAGAAUCCUUCUAAGUUUCUCAAACUCUGUUCAAGAUCUCACUGUGUAACAGAACUCAGCAGCUUUGUUGAGUGCUGUGGUCUUCAUCCCAGAAGGAAUAGUCCAGCAUUGCUCUAAAAUUCUCCUUCUGCAUCUCAUAGGGCCGAUGCUGGCCCUAUAAGGGAGCUGGAUUCCUUCACAGAAGCACAGGGCUUUUCUUUGUUCUGGUUGUGGGGGUUUUUUUGUUGUUGUUGUUUUUUCUUUCCAUUUUUCCUCACAUUGAUACAUUCAGGAGGGAGUAGAAUUUGAAAUACAAUGAAACAUCACUGUAUUGAUGUGUACAGCUUUUUAUACUCCUGUGAGCAUAUCCUCCCGGAUAUGUCAGCAGCUACUCUAAAGCGCUCUUAACAUGACUUGUAUACAGGACAUGCAUGUAGGAAUCACCAAACACCCCUCCUCCUCCCCUUCCCCCCCCAAAAAAAAAAGAGAGGAAAAAAAAAAAACAAAAAAAGAGAAAGAAAAAAGAAAAGGAAAAAAAAAUCCAGAUUUUAAAGUUUAUUACUGAAUUUAAAAAUAUUUUAGAAGUUUUGUAUUGGUGGUGUUUUAAUAUUUUACAUAAAAUGAAAUAUGUACAUAUUGAUUAGAAAAACUAUAACAAGCAAAACUCCCUGCUAACCCCAAACGUUCUGUCUUUGUAAUCAAAAUGUGUAGUGAUUAUACUUGAACUCUGUACUUUAGUGUUUGUCUAAUUCUUAAACGUUCCUGGGGAUGGAGUUGAUGUAUCCUUUGUAUUUAAACCAAAAUGAGUUCGAUCCGUGUCGGAAUGUGUGUGGUAAAAAUGCAAUGGUUAGAGCUCGUCACUGUAGCACUGGGAGGAGCAGAGCUUCUGAGAGGAGAGGAUCCCUUCUGAUUUGUUUUGCACAGGUAUGUGUGAUGAAGAGUUGUUUGGUGUGUCCCCUUAUUGUAGUGCCUUAAAUGAUGACGUAGUGUGACUAGAGUUUACAGUGAGCUUGCCUUAUGAGGGACCAGCAAGCCCCCAUCGAUUGAAGCAAUUCACUAAGCUUACACAGCAAGGCCCGCAGCCGUCGCCCUGGGUGCAUUGUUCUCAGUUUUAGUGCUGUCAUAAAAAAAAAAAAAGCUACAUUUUUGUUUGGAGUGAAGCAAUGUUUCCUUAAAGCUUUUUCCUUGAAAUGGCACAUGUACUGUUAGAUGUCUGUCAGUGCAUUUCGGAUAGGGUAGUGCUGGGAAUGCAUUGGAAUGUUUAGUCUAAUCCUGCAGAAGUGAUUAAAGAUGUGCAAUCACUUUUUCUUCUUAGAUUAGUGUGGCGUUACCUUCCCCCAACGUUAAUAGCAGACAUUUCCUGUAAAAUAUUGCUAGCUUGGUGAUAGAAUAUUUAUACCAAAGAGAGCCUGCUGUAAAGCACAUAAUACCAUUAAAAGUUUUCUAAUGCUACUGCUAAUGUGGAGCCGUUGGGAAGGUCUGCCAGCUGAAGCCCUAGUCAGUGUUCAGAGGAAAUGCUCCUUUUGGGUAAACGAUGCAGUUCUUAGAACGACUCUUUGUUUCCUUGGGUCCCUUGUACUAGGAAUUCUUUCUCAUCUUCAGUACAUAGGUUAAGUAUCUUGUCUGAGUGGAUGAUAAACUGGCUUGAGCAGUCUUGUGACUGCAGCAAUAAGAGGUUUUGGUAACCUUGAAUCCCAGUUUAUGUUCCGUCCCAGUGGAGAAGAGGCCAGUUCCCUGACCAGUGUGUGACGAGAAGUGUGAAAGUCAUUUCUGAAAUUCCACAGUAUUGACAGAAGAAAGUCUGGACUGACCUGGAGUUGAUGAGCUGUUAAAAGUUUGGUCUCUCCUUUGACAGAGGGACCAAGGACUCUGGAGCUGGUUGGUAGCAUUAGCGACGUUGUUGUUUGGUGUCUCAGUCGGAGCACUUCUGUAGGUGUGCGGUGAGCAGCGGCCGCGCUGUGCCUCUGCUGUGAGCGAUGCUGUCUGUUGCUGUAGGCACUUCCUUUCUUUUUUCCACUUGACGUUGCUGUGUUCAGUACCUGCCUUGGGAUGCCCCUUGGGCACAGAGUUGUGCCUUUCCCAUGAAAGGCAAAACAGGCCCCAGUUCCUGUUUCAGGAGAACGUUAAUCCCUGCUUCAGCAAUAGUAAGGUGUUUCCAUGAAGUCCUACCAGGAAAAAAAAAAAAACACCUCUAGCAAGAUCUGCUAAUUUUGAGAACUUGCCCACUUCUUCCCCAAAAAGCCGACUGAAACGACUGGCUGUCUUUAGAAUCCCUAUCCCAUAAUAAGACUUGAUCACAGUCAUUCACAAAGCAUGGCAUCACCGCUUCCACCGGCCCGGCUUCCAAGAGCAUUGGAACAAGGUGGAGGAGAUGAAGAUCGUGUAGGUAAAAUGAAUCCUACUCCACUUAGCAUGAGUUGUUUGACCCUGGAGUUCCUCUGGCCUGCACAGCAUAAACUGAGCAAACAGAAACCCACCCUGGCAGGGCCCAAGUUCCAGCUUGGCACUGGCCUCAGUGUGGUGGAUCCCAGUCUGGCCCCAGUAUGUGUUGCCCAAUGUAAGUCUCCUGUAGUUUGCUCUAAGGAGAUCCAUCCCUUCUUCCCUGGCAUAUCCAACCUUCAGAUUAAGUUACAGAAUUUACUCUCCUCACUGACAGAAGCCCACACCUAGUUUGUGCUAUCUCUGGAUAGAAAUCAAGAGUCCUUGAAUUGUAAAGCUGGUUUGGGAUUCACCUUUCGUCUGUGUGAUGGCCACAGUCCCACCUAGAUGUGUUGGUGACUCCAGAGCUGUUCAAUCAGCUGCUGCUGUUACCUGACCUGCGCUGGCAGCCGUGACAGCUGCUGCAGAGGCAACUCCUUGAGGCUUUCCUGCUUGGCACCUAGUUGAUGGGAUGCAGUAAUUUACCUCUGACUCAAGCAGUUUCUUUUAGUACAUGAAAAACUAAAAUUGCUUCUAAAUGACAGGAUUGGCACAGCCCUGCUUUCUUUUUUUGUUUGUUUCUUUUUCUCUUAUUUAAACUUCUGAAUGGUGCCGCAUGUCCACAUGGUCGUUUGUUGCUAAACUUUAUAUAAUGUGUGAUUUCCGAUUCAGCUUGAAAUAUAUCUAUCUCACUACAUGUAGCAGUACAUUAUAUGUAAUGUUAGUAUUUCUGCUUGGAUCCUUGAUAUUGCAAUGGAAUUCCUACUUUAUUAAAUGUAUUUGAUAUGCUAGUUACUGUGUAAAAUUUAACUUUUCUUUCAUGGUCGUGCUCUUCCUUUUUACAGGCCGCUAGAUGCAGGUAGUUUCUGACAAUUACUGAUCUAUGUUUGUAUUGCUGAUGUACUUAGGGGGUAUGUAAAAAUCAUUUUAACAAAAGAAAUAGAUAUUUAAAAAUUUAAUACUAACUAUAUGGGAAAAGGGUCCAUUGUGAAAACAUAGUUUAUCUUUGGAUUCAAUGUUUGUCUUUGGUUUUACAAAGUA